GAUUGGUUCCUUGACAUUUUUGGAGCGUUUUCAUUGGUUUCUUGCUGCUUUAUUUUGACUGUUUAUUUCCGCAAAGUGCUCAAGAGCUGUUGUUACCGCGCGUGAUAGAGCUGUCAACAAAUUACUAAGGUCGUAAUGGCUGACAGUGCUGACGUUAUACCUGUCGUGAGCAGCCCGCCUCCUGUAAAAGAGGAGCAGGGAGGAGGAGAAGGUGGAGAAGGCUCAGAGAGUGAUGCAGGAGGUGGUUUGACUGAUGCACAGACAGAGGUGUUGGAGAGAUGUCUUCAUGCACUCAGGCAGGCUCAAAAUGACAGUCACACAUUGGCUUCUCUUCUGCUGAUAACUCGCUUGUGCCCGGCAAGCCAGCUAGACAAACCCACCUUGAGGCGCAUCUUUGAGGCCAUUGGUCUAAACCUCCCAGCUCGACUUUUGGUGACAGCGGUCAGAGGCAGCGACAACUCCGGCUUACCCCCACAGGAACUCCUUUCACUGGGCACGGCUCUGUUGGCUGCCCUGAGCACAGACCCAGACAUGGCCUGCCAUCCCCAGCUCCUCACCACCAUCCCAUUCCUGCUGGGCAUUUUAGCAAAUGGUCCUGUGAACCAGCAGAAACAGGAAAACCAGGAACAGAACCAAGAUGGAGAGGGAGGGCAGAGUCCAGAUUGUAAAGUCCAAUCAACAGAGAGUUCAAACGCAGAAAGUGAUCCUACAAAUGUGGCAAAAUCAGCAGGAGAGAAAGCAAAGGGUGAUGACGGCAGUGAAGCAAACGGAGUAUCAACAACAUCUCAAGAAACCUCCCCCUCUUCCAAGAUGGACGAGGCCAUGGCUGCUGACUGCUACCAGGUUCUUACAGCUGUGUGUGCCUUACCCAGAGGUGCCGACCAGCUGCUGAGCAGGGGUGCCGUUCCUGCUCUGUGCCAGGCAGUGAAACAAAACCAGACUUUCAGCCACCAGAGGGGGCUUGCCUUGCUUGGUUGCCUCCUCUCAGGUAAAACGAAGGACAAAGUGUGGAGUAAACACCCUGCAGAACUCCUCACUUUACUGGUCAGGCUCUCCAAAGACUUCUGCCAAGCCACAGACCAGACCAAGCUGGACAUGUGUGCCCAGUUGGUGAUGUUUCUCCCCCCAGUAGGAGUGGCAGUAGAAAGUGAGGAGCUGAAGGGAGUCGUAGCACGUGUAUGGGGGAUAUUGAGACCCAUGUUGCAGGCUAAGUUGACGCCGAGGCAGAUCGGGCCAAUCCUGGUCCUCAGUGCUUGUCUGCUGGAUUUGCAUGGAUGGGAGCUGGUGGGACCGCCAAAGUUCUGCUGCUUACUGGUGAACCGGGCCUGUGUAGAGGUCAGAAUGGGUUUGGAGGAACCACCUGGUAACGAACUGGGCCCAGAGCUGCAGCACACACUCACAGGCUGUUAUCGAAUCAUGGAGGCUGCCAUAGAGCAGGCCUGCUGUCUGGGAGUGUCACAGGCCACUGUACCUCCUCAGAGCUCCAUCCCUUCAAUCAGUCUGCAGCAGACCAGGCAGGUCCUCGGGGUGUUGGAGGAGGCCUUCUCCGCUUUAAUGUACCACCUGCAGCAGGUGGAUCCAAGUCGUUAUGGUGACCCUUUUGUUUUCGCCACAUUCCGCUCUCUGUGCUCCUGGCUGGCCGAGGAGACUUCCUGUCUGAAGCAGGAAGUGACUGGACUGCUGCCGUUGUUGAUCGGCUACUCCCGAAGCCACCUGCAGGGUGAGAGCCCAGAGCAGGGCCUCUCUGACUGGAUGGCCGAGAUGUCCGACAAAGAGGAGAGGGGGGCGUGGACGGGCAAAGAAGCUCUGAGGUAUCUCCUUCCAGCUCUGUGCCACCUGUCGGCAGAGGAAGGUCCCAGGAAGGUGCUGCUCACCCUCGACACCCCGGCCCUGCUGGUGGACUUUCUGUCACAGUGCUGGACUUCCCUCAAGGGGAAAAGUGGGGUGGCAUCGGCCAGGGAUCCCAGCAUGGAGACAGCCUGCUCAGCCCUCCUCAACUUCACCGUCACAGAGCCAGAGAGAGUCAGGAAGGACCCAUGUUUCAGAAACCUGGAGGCCCUUCUGAGUGAAGCACUUCCAGUUUUGGUGCAUAAACCCCGCCUGCUUGUUCUAGCGGCAAAUUACUGCACGUUGGCGCUGAUGAUUGGCAGACUUAAAUCCGCCCCUUCAGGCUCAGUUGAAGCCGGCCAGAGGCGGCUCUUCUCCACAGCUCUCCGGUUCCUCCGCAGUGCCCUGGACUCUAGCGCCAGCCCCGGUCCGGUUAAGGUGAGCCUCAGCUGGGAGGAGAGUUGGGACGAGGCUGCGGAGCUCUGGAGGUUGUGUCUGCAGGCUCUGGGAGGCUGCGCUCGCGCCCAGCCCUGGAUCACCACCCUGGUCAGAGAGGAAGGUUGGCUCAAACACACACUUACCAUGCUGAGUCAGUGUAGCGCACUACCUGACAAGCACACACAGGAGGCGCUAGAGGAAGCUCUGUGCGCCAUGGCAGACCAGUGCCCGGUCUGUAAAGUGGAGAUUGGAGACAUGAUGAAAACUGAUAAAGGAGCUUUGAUCUGUAUGAGGAACCUGAAGAAGUCCGUGGGAGUGAAGUGAAACCAAACUGCUGCCGACAAUAUGCUCUUUUAAUGGAGUAUUUUUAAAAAUGAAGUAAUAAAGGAGGGCUGUUACUGAAGCCAAAUGUGUGUUUAUUACUUGUACCAAUCUGACAUUAUACAAUGUGUUACCUGUUGCCCCGUACUUUAUUGUAAGGAAAAGAUGAAAGGCCCCAGAUGCUGCUGGUCUUGUGAUCUUUGCAAAUGAGCUUGCAUUGAAAAGAUGGCACUCAAAAUUAUGAACGUAUAUUUUUUUGUGUAAUGUAAUGCAAAUGUUUAGACAGCUGUGCUCUGAAAAGACACGGUUUCUUACAUGUCAGUUGUGAAAUGCUAACGUCUUUAAUAAAGAGCUAUUUUGUUAGAAAACCUA